AUGACGACAGUUGUCAAACGAUUGUCUCAAUCAGUGGUUAAUUGUCUCAACAAUUGGUUUGUCUGCCGAUCGACAGCCGAAGACGCGAUGCGAUUCCGGGGUCUCAUCACUGAUGGACAACAGAUCCAGUCAUUGAUUAAAGUGUUUCAAUCUGUGGCCAAAUUUUGGGACACUUUUUACGUGAAGUUAUCGGAAAAGUCGAUUCAUUUAAUCAGCGAUCGAUCCAACAGUUUGUCCCCAUUUGUGGUCAAAUGUGAUCUCAAUUGUGACGACUAUUUCCAGGAGUAUGUCUUCCGUGGCGUCAGCGCCGACAGGAAUCACAUCUACUUCGAGAUGCGCUCCGAUUGUGUCCAACAAGUGAUGUCUUCAUUGAUGCCAAUCAUUAAGUCGUUGAAACUGAAGCUAACGAACAGAUCCAACGCUCACGUGUUGGCCAUCGGAGUCGAGUACCCGACCAACGACUCCGACAGAUAUGUCUCCCACGACAUCAAAGUGGAGAUCAUUAAAACCCAAUACUGGGACCAAAUCUGUGGCUUAGAUUCCGGCACUUAUGACUUGUCUUUCUUUCUGCCGGAGAGUCUGACAGUGAUGUCGACGAUUGAACGGCUCAACGAGUUGUGCGCUUUCGUUGUGCUUAAAGCGCGAGUCAGUGGAGACAACAAAACCAUUUUGACGAUUACCGCAGAAACCGAUUCAAUCGCUCUGAAGACCAAAUUCACGGAUUUAGAGCUCAACACCACUGAUGACAGCUCUUUCAACGACGACAGGCAUUGGGUUUCGGUUCGCGUUUCGUUGACUUAA